GUUUGUAAGGUACUCCCUCUGAUUCCUGGCGCACUUGUUCUGGGGUAUCUCGAGCUUAGAGUAUUUUGGGGGCGUUGUCGCGGCGUGAAACCACCCGGGCGACGUGCCAGGAAGAGGCGAGAGUGCCUUUGCGAUCGAAGAGGCGAGCCUCGUGAAUCCCUCGUCUUAGCAAGACUUGAGCAAUACUGGGCAAGAUGGUCAAUAAUGAGCUAAGUGAAGAGACACUAGGCUUCCAGGCUCUCGAUGAUGCUUUGAAGCCAUAGAACUCGGACCAUUUGUACUAUUGGUCGUCGCUGCGGUACAAGUGACCCUCCGACAGCCUUAAAAAGCAAAAGAGAACCUCCAUUCGCAGCGCUGGUAGCAACCAUGCAUCUGCUGGCAGCCCUCGUCGCGACAGCAACCUUAGCCGACGCGCUCAGCGUCACAACAAGCCAAGUCGCCCUCAAAUCGGGCCAGCAGAUGCAGUGGCUCUCCUGCGAACCACCUUCUCCAAAAACGCACCUCGUCUGCGUCCACGGCACGUUCCACGGCGCGUGGUGCUUUGCAGAAAGGUGGCUGCCGCGCCUCGCCGAGAAACACGGCAUAGCGGCGCACUCCAUAAGUCUGCGCGGCACGGCGGGCUCGCCCUGCGUUGAGAAAAGUAUAAAACUGUCGACGCACGCCGCCGACGUCGCCGAGGCCGUGAACCUACAACUGCCCGGGAAGCAACUCGCCCUCUGCGCGCAUUCUUUUGGAGGACCGGUCGCCAUUGACGCGUUGGCGACCGACGAAAGCCUCGCCGACCGCUGCGAGGGCCUCGCGUUGCUAUGCUCCGUCCCGCCGUCAGGAAAUAAACCGGGCACGGCGCGCGUAGUAAGACGAUCUUUGCGAGAAGCGUGGCUCAUCACCAAGGCCUUCGCGUUGAAAAGUGCGGCGCGGUCACCGGAGGACGCGAAUGCCGUCUUUUUCAAUGAUCAGCUUGAUGACGCGACGGCUGAACGCUACACGGGCUACUUCGCGGCAGAUUCUAAAAGCGGAUUGGACCUGGGCGACUACCAGCGGUCGCUGCCGCGCUGGCCGACCGAGGAUGGCAGGUGGGCAUCGAUGCCUUCGAAUCUUAGGUGUUUAGUCCUGGGCGCGGACGCGGACCGCGUUGUGGAUAGAGAGGCGGUCGACGAGACGGCCCGGUUCCUGGGCGUGGAACCGGUCAUGGUGGAGGGGCCGCACGACGUCAUGCUCUCGGCGAACGAAGCGGAGACGUGCGAUUUGGUGGGGGGGUGGCUAACGACGAGUUGACCAUGUCUGGAGCCGCAUCGAUGGCGUAUGAGGGCUACUCUACUACGCCGUCGAUCGAUGUGACCCCGGGGACCCGUUUCACAAACUCCAAG